AUUAUUGCAACUGCCACCCUACUCUCACACACACUCUCUCUCGGUCAAACCAGGAGAUCCGAAGCCCGAAUUUAAAUCUUAGUAAAAACGAUGCUGGGAGACCUCUGUUUGUGCCCAUGUUUCGGGUCUCGGGGCUCCGAAGAGCCCGAAAUUGAUCUAGACCCGGUCCUUCUUGUCUCCGGAAUGGGAGGGUCCAUUCUUCAUUCAAAGAGGAAGAAGUUUGGAUUCGAGACCCGGGUUUGGGUUCGGAUCCUGUUUUCCGAUUUGGAGUUCAAGAAGAAGCUCUGGUCUCUUUAUAAUCCUGAAACAGGUUAUACUGAAUCGUUAGAUGAUGACAUCGAGAUUUUGGUCCCUGAUGAUGAUUAUGGGCUAUAUGCAAUCGAUAUACUGGAUCCCUCCUGGCUAGUUAAACUUAUACAUUUGACAGAGGUGUAUCAUUUUCAUGAUAUGAUUGAUAUGCUAGUUGGAUGUGGGUAUAAGAAAGGAACCACAUUGUUUGGAUAUGGUUAUGAUUUCCGCCAAAGCAAUAGGUUUUGGUUACAUGGAUGCGUGUUAACUAUUGGCAGGAUUGACAAAUUAAUGGAAGGUCUUAAAGUUAAGUUGGAAACUGCACACAAGGCUUCUGGAGGCAGAAAAGUUAAUAUUAUCUCACAUUCGAUGGGAGGACUGUUGGUGCUAUGUUUCUUGUCACUUCAUAAUGAUGUAUUUUCCAAAUAUGUAAAUAAGUGGAUUACUAUUGCGUGCCCUUUUCAAGGUGCCCCAGGAUGUGUCAAUGAUUCUCUCUUAACUGGAUUACAGUUUGUUGAAGGUUUUGAAGCCUACUUCUUUGUAUCAAGGUGGACGAUGCACCAACUGUUGGUUGAGUGCCCAUCAGUCUACGAGAUGUUGCCAAAUCCAGAUUUUAGUUGGAAAAUGCAACCACAAAUUAAUGUUUGGCGAGAGCAUUCUGAAGAUGGGGAAACUUCUGUUAAACUGGAGUCAUACAGCCCAACUGAAAGCAUUGUUCUCUUCAAUGAAGCAUUGAGGCAUAAUGAGUUAAAUUAUGGUGGGAAUACGAUAGCUUUACCUUUCAACAUUUCCAUCCUCAAUUGGGCUGCUGGUACACGCAAACUUAUCAACAAUGCUAAACUACCAAGUGGAAUCUGCUUCUAUAACAUUUACGGGACAUCUUUUGACACACCAUUUGAUGUUUGUUAUGGUACAGAAACUUCACCAGUUGGGGACCUGUCAGAAAUAUGUCACACAAUGCCUCAAUAUACUUACGUAGAUGGAGAUGGAACUGUCCCUGCAGAAUCAGCAAUGGCAGAUGGAUUUGCUGCAGUUGAGAGAGCAGGAGUUGCUGGCAGUCAUCGUGGACUUUUACGUGACGAAACAGUAUUUAAACUUAUUAAAAAAUGGUUAGGUAUUGAGCAGAAGGUCACCAGGAAGCAUUUAAAGACUUCCAAAGUGGCAAAUGCUCCUUCAAACUAGAAAUUUGUUGCUACUUUUUUAAUGGCUUGAACAGGCUAGUCUUAACAUGUAGUAUUUAUCAACAUUGUUCAUGAUCAUGCAAAUAAAAGCAGUAUACAGACUCAUUGUAUACAGCAAUAAUCAAUAUCAAGUUGAUGUAUUCAUAUUU